GUAUUCACCGUGUUCAGCAGUGGCAUCGUGACAACGCGAUGAUAUUGUAGCAUUAUUUUUAGAACAGCAAUGUGCACAUUUCACAUUUUUCAGGAUUCGUAUUUAGUCGUGAAGGACAGAUCUUGUAAGCUACAGGACCCAAAGAAUGAUGGCUGGCGAAACAACCUGGGAUGCUGUUGUUGUUGGAGCAGGUAUAAGUGGUUUAUCAGCCGCCAAGCUCUUACAUGAAUCUGGCCAAGAUGUACUGGUACUAGAAGCAAAUGAUCGAGUAGGAGGACGGACUCUCAAUUUCUAUGACGAGUCUAUAAAAUAUGCCGAAUUGGGCGGGGCAUACAUGGGACCCACCCAGGAUCGCAUCUACCGACUCUCAAAGGAACUGGGUAUCGACAAUUUUCACGUCGAAGACGACGGUGACGUCAUAGCUUACAACAGGGGUAUAUGGCGAUAUUUAUCUGGACAAUGCCCUGCAACUUGGAACCCUCUACUCUUCAUAGACCUAAAUCAUUUCUAUUAUCUUAUUGAUGAGAUGGGCAAAAAGAUUCCAAUGAAUCGUCCCUGGGACUUCCCUGAAGCCGAAGAAUGGGACAACAUGACAGUGAAAGAAUGGUGCGAUAAGACCUUCUGGUUCCAACUCACCAGAGACACGGUCGCUGUCGAUUGCUGUAAUGGGUUAUGCUGCGAAGCUAGUGAUCUAUCACUGCUUUACUUUCUAUGGUAUAUCAAAGGAUGCUGUGGAUAUCUAAGGUAUUCAUCCACAGUCAAUGGUGCCCAGGAGAGAAAAUUCCACGGAGGCAGUCAAAGUAUCUCCCUAGCCAUAGCAGAGCGACUUGGACAAGAUCGAGUUUUAACGAACAGUCCAGUAAGCAGUGUGUUACAGGAUGAGGAAGGUGUGACAGUUACCACGUUAGAUGGAAAGUCAUAUAAGUCAUUCCAUAAUCGAACAGAAUCGGAAAACAAUGGGGAAGAGGAGAAAGGCCACCACUGAACCGGCUCAGACGCGUUCUCGGGCAAAACGAGGUAGAAGUCGAGGCACCCGCCAGACAAAAACGACAGCUGCCUCACACGCAACUCGGACGGUAGCUCCACCGGGAAGCGGUAGGCCUACGAGUACGACGGGGAAUGAGCCCGGACAAGCCCCCGCAGCCACUGCAGUAGGAGCAGCGCCAGAACCCAUUAACGUUGAGCAGGGUCGUUCAUCCGGCCGUUCACCCAGCCGUUCAGCUAAUAAGAGGCCAGUAGCUUCACAAGGGCCUGUGCUGCAAUUACCAUCCACUCAGGGUCAGACUCAGAGUUGUCCCAGGCCCAGCACUAGUAAUAAUACCGCAGGUGAGCCUUCUCGACCUGAAUACAUGUCAGUACAAAUACAAGAUCAUACAGAUUCGUUCUGCGUACCUGGCCAUACUAAUAAUAACAUUACAGGUCACGAAUCGCACAAUAUUAGAGAACGAAGUCAGUCUGGGAUGGUACGAGAGACCCCAUUCACAUCAUCCUUCCCCGCAAUUGUACCUCCUAGUGUUCAGAUAAGAACCGACCUAACUCAAAAUUCACACUGUGUCCAUGAUAAUGAGGCCACAGGGCCAAAUAACCAAACCAUAAUCAAUACAGAACGUAGACCUAACACAGAGAACAUGAAUAGAGGCUAUCACCACCCUCACCAUUCCCCGUUAAACCCUGUAGGUGACACACUGGGUGUAUCUAUUCCCCAAAGCAUAAAAGAAAAGAUUUGGAAGGGGGAGUAUGUGAAUCUAAAUCUGUUAGUUAACGCCCAAGAUAUAGCCUCCCACACACUGCGCGAAGCAGCAGAACAGAGAACUAAUCUGGCAAUAGCCGAGGAGGAAGGAAAAUGGGUGUUAAAGCCCUACAAUGCCCCCUCCAAAAACAAAAUCAUGUCCAUUGAAAUUUGGACAAAUGCCUUCCUAAUAUACAUGAGCGUCUAUCUGGCAGCAAAUCCACGACACACUCAUGAAAUUCUGAAGUACUGUCACCUCAUUCGUUCUGCUGCUUCACGCUACUACGGAUAUGGUUGGAGGGACUACGAUAUAUAAUUUCGGCACCGAUUUCAUGCCACAGGGGGUUCCUGGGCGGAGAUAAACGGGGAGUUGUGGCUCCUCCACGUAGUAGGGGGUGGUGUUCGGCAAGGGGCCCUGCCCCCAUUCAUCAACAGUGGGUAAACAAAGAGGGCAAACGCCCAGGCGUGCCGGCUGCAAAUCUCGAGGUAUGAGUCAAUAAUGUUUCAAGCGGCAUUUUUGUUGGCUUUCUUUGGCUUCUUGAGGGUUGGAGAAUUCACGGUUCAGAGUCAGAGUGAUGAUGGGAGGAAGAUAUUGGCUAUAGAUGAUAUCCAAUGGGGUCAGGAAGAAAAUUCACAAUUCAUGUUGGUACAGAUUAGAUUUUCAAAGACAGACCAAUACGGGAGGGGUACCAAGCUUAAAAUCAAAGAAAAUAAGACAGAGGGCACAUGCCCUGUCAAGGCUAUGGAGACGUACUUACGGGUACGGCCUAAAGGGAGAGGGCCACUUUUCUGCUAUAUGAAUGGCUCCCCCCUUUCCAGGUAUCAGUUCAAUGCAGUAUUGAAGAAAGCACUGUUUGUGUCGGGGGUCGGGGCUAACCAAUAUGGAACACACUCCUUUCGCAUUGGGGCAGCCACAAUGGCAGCCCUAAAGGGUAUACCUCCCGAGCAAAUUAUGACCAUGGGUAGAUGGCGUAGUGAUGCCUAUCUAUGUUACAUAAGGUGACCUAUUGCGACAUUGUAACUACCACAGCUAACUAUGUGGGAAGGUUAUGUAAGCUAUGGGCAAACAAUUAUGGAUGGUUCCUGUGGUUACUACUCAGGAAGCAUACUUAUAAUUCGCUAUACUUGGUCGCAGUUUCAUCAACGUAUUAUUACAUUUAUUCAUAACUGUACAAUAAUAAUAAAGGUAGAAUCCAGUUAGCCGAGUAGUGGGUUUCUACAUGGGGAGCACAUUUGUAAUUUGUCUAAACAUGUAUGUAAGCAGAAGUAACACAAUAAUAAUAAAGAUAUAUCUAGCCGGCUAAUAACAAUGUAGACAAUUGGAUACUGCAUAGGGUGCAUAUUUGUAAUUACCCUUUGCGUGUGAACGGAUAUCCAAGUUCAUGAUGACAAUAAUGAGUAAUAAUUCAAUAUUCAUAUAGUGCCUUUCAAACUUUCUCAAAGCUCUUUACAUCAUGCAUCCUAACCUACUUAUCAACUUAACUACAAUCAGUUGUCAAAGUACAAUAACAGAGAUAAUAGCCAAUCAGCUAUAAAUGUAAUAUGACAAGAAAGAUGUCAGUGCACUGGGCAUGUGUACAUGUGUAAACAUGUUACUUCCGGGAACUCUCAUUUUUUUAUUGCAGAGGGGACUGGAAACUGGAUCUGGAUUGUAGGGGAUAGCCUGGUCAGAAGAGCAAAAGAACGAGCUUCACAACGCAACUAUCAGCAAUUUGGAGAGCGAGGUAUCGUGGUCCGCUGGCAUUAGCAAGGCGGCACCACGCUCCAGGAUCUCCCCAGGAUGGUCUCUAACCGGCUGAGAUGCGGCACUCCUCCUGCAUUAGCUAUUGUCCACUUAGGAUCAAAUGACAUCGGACAGUAUGAUGUCUGCCGGUGCAGGAUGGCAAUUGACACAGCCAUCCAAGAUCUACGCACGAGAAUGCCGCACACCCAUAUCACCUGGUCUGGUAUUUUACCGCGGCUCUUCUACUAUGGUCGCAAGCAAGGCUCUAAUUCACAGGAGGCCUUGGAUGGAGUUCGUAAGUCUCUUAACAAAUACGCUAGGAGGAAACUAGCCAGGAUGUCGGAUACCACCAUCAUCAAACAUGAAUUUGACCCCACAAUCCACAGCCUCUUCAAUAGAGAUAGAGUGCACCUCUCUGAUUCGGGUUCAGACAUUCUCAUUGACAGUUUCAGAACUGCAGCAAGGGAAGCAGGAUUUGUUUAGAUAUGGAGAGGAGACGAGCUUGAGAAACAUUUUGAGAACUCGAGGCUUCUGGCAAGGUUUUUUUCUUUUGUAAUGUAUCUUAGUGUUAUUACGUUUAUUGUUUCUAGUCGUUUAUGUACAUACUUCAUUUUACGGGCUUUGUGAAGGGCACCGUCAACAGUACUACCUUGCUAUUAUCAAUAAUGAUAUGCACGUGUCUGGAUUGAGGAUAAUAACACUUGGAAGUAAAAAGAAAGAAAGAACAACUGAAUAGAAUGAAUAGAUAGACGAACAAUUUUUUUAUUCUUCAUAUUUUAGGGGUGAGAAGCAGGGACUGCACGGGAGAGUGUAUAGGUCAAUUAUGACAAACCAGUUCUUUCGAAUAAAUCAGCUUGGUAAAGCCUGUUUAUUGUAGUUGUACAAUACAUUAUUUACUCUUGGAAUUGCUUAGUUGAUCAGAAAUCGCAAGACGGGGCUGUCCCUGUGGUGACGUGCAUAAAUUUGAGAACCGAAAACGAACUGGGAAAGAAAGGACGAUAAUUAAGACAGGAGAGCAAAAUAUACUGUUUUGUUUAUACUCUUUGAAAGGAUACUGAUGGUCUUUGGAAGGUUUUGCUGUAAGGGCUGCAUGAUAAUGUUUGUAAAUGGUGUGUAAUGCCUUAUCCAGGCCAUUGUGCUCAGUAUCCUCCAUCUUAUAUGCAUUUAGUCCUGAGAUGAUUAUAUCAACUAGAAGUUGCUUUAGUUUACCCUAGAAGGAACGUCCUUUUAUAGGCAUUUUGCAUCCAUUCAUGUGAGGUUAAGUGUUUAAUGCAGCUCCAUGCCAAUAUAUUAGGUAGCUUUAUUUGCAAGCAUGACAAGUUCAUGUAUGCUCCAGAAUCAUGCGACUUAUGACGGGGCAAAAAAAAAAAAAAAAAAAAAAAAAAAAAUUAUUAAUUGGGUGGAAGGUUUUUGUUCAGAAACAAUUUGUUUGAAACCUGACAGAUCACCAAUAUUGAUAUCAAAGUAUAUGCUCCAAAGAUGUUGUUUACCAAGAUUUAGGGAAACACCCGUGGGAACUACUAUCCUGCGGGUGGGUCACGUGAUCAACAUUCCCAGGGAGGAGUUACUACCCUUCCUGGCGAUCACGUGACCAUAUCUUUCAGUAAGAUUAAUAGGAUGCCACAGAUGUAGUUUUUCGUUAUGUCUUACGACAUUGUUCAGACUGUUUUGAGGUUUAUCACCUCUUAUGUUAUUUAGGCAUAUUGCCUCUGUGUUUUGAUGCCUCGUACGGAAUUAAACGGCGAGCAAUGGCA